AUGUGUGACCUGUUUGUAGGAAUCUGGAAGUUUGUCUCCAGUGAAAAAUUUGAGGACUAUAUGAAAGAACUGGGUGUGGGUUUAGCCACCAGGAAACUGGGCAGCCUGGCCAAACCCACUGUGACCAUCAGCACAGAUGGUGAUGUGAUAACCAUCAAAACCAAGAGUACUUUCAAAAAUACUGAGAUCUCCUUCAAGUUGGGGGAGGAGUUUGAUGAAACCACAGCAGAUGACAGGAAAACCAAGAGCAUUGUCACCUUGGAAGAAGGCUCAAUAACUCAGGUACAGAAGUGGGAUGAUAAAGAGACCACAAUAAAGAGAAAACUAGUGGAUGGAAAGAUGAUUGUGGAAUACACCAUGAACAAUAUCACUUGCACUAGAGUCUAUGAGAGAGCAUGA